UCGUUUUCCUACCACAUCCAAUACUACCGCGCCUCCCUUCUCUCUCUCUCUAAAGCUCCAAUCUUUCUCUCUCUACAACCCUGCAUCUCCAGUCUCCACGGUCCACACCCUCCAUCUCUCUCCUCUCUCUCACACACAGACCUCAAUUUCGCACCGCUCGAGCUCAAUUCCCGCGCGUGUAACUUCACGCUGCCCCAAACCCUAUAUUUGCUCUCGAUCAUACCAAACCCUAACUCUCUCUCGACCUAUAUAUAUUUGCAUAUAUAAAUAUCUGUAUCGUUUUUUAUCUAUUUCCCUAUAGAGAGUUAUACAUUUAUAUAUAUACACAAUGGCGAAAGGUACUAAGAGGAAGUCGAGCCACAAAGACGAAGCUCCCAAAUCAACAGAAGAGAACAAGUCUGCGGAGGAUACUACCAAAGAGGAGACCAAAUUGACCGAGGAGAGUAACAAAGAAACGAGCAAAUCUACGGAGGACACCAAAGCUAAGCCAAGAAAAGCUGUUAGAAGAGCUAAGCGAGAGAGACCUCCGAAGCCUCAGUCCGAGCCUGAAUUUUUCCCAGAGAAGCGCAAUUUGGAAGACCUGUGGCAACAAGUUUUCCCAGUUGGGACAGAGUGGGAACAACUGGACCAUGUUUAUCGAUACAAGUGGAAUUUUUCAAAUUUAGAAAAAGCUUUUGAUGAAGGUGGAGAAUUAUUUGGGAAAAAAGUCUACCUUUUCAGUACGACUGAGCCGCAAUUUGUUCCUUUCCAUGAUGAGAGAAUAAUAACAUUCAUACCUAUUGUGGUUGCUGUGGUAUCUCCUUUUCCACCUUCUGAGAAGAUUGGGAUCAAAUCAGUACAAAGGGAGUCUGAAGAAAUUCUUCCCAUGAAGCAGAUGAAAAUGGACUGGGUUCCUUACAUUCCUUUGGAAGACCGGGACUCUCAAGUUGAAAGACUUAAGUCACAAAUUUUUAUUUUGAGCUGCACACAAAGAAGGGCUGGUCUAAAACAAUUGAAGUUAGAGCGUGUGAAGAAAUUUGAGUACUGCUUACCCUAUUUCUACCAGCCCCUUCAGGAAGAUGAAUUUGAACAGAGCACUGUUGUGCAAAUCAUAUUUCCGGCAGAACCCAAGCCGGUUUUCUGUGAGUUUGAUUGGGAGCUUGAUGACGAUCUUGAGGAGUUCACAACUAAACUCAUUGAGGAGGAGGAGUUGUCUGAAGAUCAGAAGGAUGCCUUCAAGGAAUUUGUGAAGGAGAAGGUUAGAGAAGCAAAAAAAGCUAAUCGUGAGGCAAGGGAGGCCCGUAGAAAAGCAUUAGAAGAAAUGAGUGAGGAGACAAAGGCUGCGUUUGAGAAUAUGAGGUUUUACAAGUACUAUCCUGUGCCUACACCUGACACACCUGAUGUCUCUAGUGUCAAGUCUCCAUUUAUUAACAGGUAUUAUGGGAAGGCUCACAAAGUUCUGUGACUCCCAUGCCAAUGGUCAAUGUUGCAUGGAGACGGCGCAUCCCAUGCUUAAGGAGAUGCUCAGCUGCUCAAUUGCGCUGCGGAAGGAAUGUAUUUCAGUGAUGUGGUUCAUCCGAGAGAAUUUGGUAAGUAGGUCUCUGGUGCCUUUGCCUUCCAAAACACAAUGUUACAGUUCUAAAACCUAUAGAACGGGAGAAAUGAGAAAGUAGAAAAUAGUAAUUUUGAUAUAUUUUAAUAUACAAUUUGAUGAAGUCACGGGAAUCAAUGUUGAGGCUUCCAAUUUUGAGAGGAUUUAUCAGGCUUCACAUGCUGUUGGUUGUUCUGUUACAUUAAUUUUGUAUAACCGGAAGUUUGAUUCUAUGAACACUAUGAAUAACGAAGUAGUUUGUUCAUUUUAGUAUCUUCAUGCGGAACAAAAUCAUUAUGGGUUUCGCGUGGAAUGGCUAAUGUGGGUAAUUUGUUCUUGCAUUUGUG